AUUCAUAUCUCAACCACUCUCCCACUUUUUCUCUCUUUAAAAUAUCACCCAUAAACUGAACAUAGACUUCAUCUCCGGUCGCCGGCACCGGCAGCAGCAAACAUGAGCUCAAUAGUAUCUGUAUCACCGAGUUUCGGCAGCAAUUCAUUCAACAACCUUGUGGAUAUUGCCGAUAGGGUUGUUCAAGAACUUCGCACCGAAAAUGGCUUCGACGACGACGAUUUCUUCGACUUCAGUAGUGACGAUAAUCGGCCUGAUAUUGGCGGUGACGACGACGAUGUAAACAGUAAUACUCGUACGGAAAAGGUGGAGGAAAAUGAUCCUUAUGAAGAUGAACAAGAGUUUGAGUUUCCUGUUGUCUGUGGAGAAUCUGAUUCGUCUCCGAUUUCAAUGGAUCAUGAGGUAAUAUCCGAGAGUCAGAUCUUGCCGCGGUAUCCACUAUUCGAUAGAAGUUUGUUGUUAGACGUUGAUCCUGAUUUCAGUAACGCUGUUGGUUGUUCGGAGAUUGAGUCGACGCCGUCUCCGGUGGCACGGCUUUCUCUGAAGAAGCUUUUCAGCGAAGAGCGCGAUUCUGCGUCGUCUUCGUCGUCGGAGGCGGAUGAUCUAGACAGAAUCACGCCUGGAUCGUACUGUGUCUGGAAGCCAAACACCGAAUCGCGUGGAAAUCAUAAAAAGAGCUAUUCCAUCGGUAAUAAUAUAUCGAAGCGAUGGAAGGUUCGAGAUCUACUCAAGCGAAGCUACAGUGACGACAACUAUUCCACCGGCAAGGAUACGCCGGUUGUCCUUUUCACUCCUCCUAUUACGACGAAGCAGAACACUAACAACGAAAAGGUAAAGAAGAUCGAGAAAACUGCUAAAGUUGUCUCUGCAGUCGGUAUGAUUUCAUCAUCUACUAAGACGGAAAAUAACAUUCCGGUUCAUAAAUCAAAGGCCGGAGGUACUCGUCGGCCGCCGUAUUAUCCGUACCGGCAAGAUCAGGUUGGUGUAUUUGCUCAUUUCAACGGAUCGAGCAGAAAUCUCUACCGCUAUUAAAACGUAUGUUUAUUAAUUUACAUAUUAAUUUCUUCUCGUGAGAAACUUUAUCUCUUUGUUAAUUAGGUUUUGCGGUCAUGAAAUUUUGAGUGUAAAUCUUCGGUUGAUCAGGUGGUGUGUUUCAUUUUGGUUAAUUACACUUGUCUUUUUCAA